UGAAACCAAGAUAACAAAUAAGUACGUUAAUAAAUGCUCAAAAAUAGUGAAAUAUGUACCUAGUUCACGUUAUGUGUAUCAGAUAAUAAUUCUUCACAUUUUUAAAGAAGUUGAUACAAGAUGUACAAGUGUCUAGCGAUCGUGCUUGUAGCAUUCUCAGCGGAGGCAUUGAUCAUCACUAUUGAUCAAGGGACGCUGAAUGGAACCUAUUUAACGACACGUAGAGGUAAAUUAUUCAACGCUUUCUAUGGUAUCCCUUUCGCCCAACCUCCUGUAGGGGAGUUGAGGUUCAAGGCUCCAAAAGAAGCAAAACCAUGGUCUGGAGUUCUGGAUGCUUCUGUCGUUCCAAUUGGCUGUUUACAGACAGACUCGAACGGCAAUGGAGACGUAUACGGGAGUGAAGAUUGUUUGAAUUUGAACGUGUAUACGCCUUUGAAUGCUCGAAAAGGCGAUAAUAUAUCUGUAGUGGUGUACAUAUUUGGUGGUGUGUACAAAUGGUUCACAAAUGUGGAAUUUGGACCACAAUAUAUUCUAGAGAGGGACGUUAUUCUCGUAAUACCGAAUUACAGAUUAGGAGCUUUAGGAUUUAUGACUACUGGAGAUGGGGUGAUAUCAGGAAACUAUCAGCUGAAGGAUCAAGCAAUGGCGCUGAAAUGGGUGCAAAAGAAUAUACACAAUUUCGGAGGUGAUCCUAACAGCGUUACUUUACAAGGCCAUAGCGCCGCUUCCAGUUGCAUCCAUUUGCAUACCGUGUCACCACUCAGCAAAGGAUUAUUUCAUAAAGCCAUCCUACAAAGUGGUGCCGAGAUGGAUGGAUUUUUUGGGCCUGAUGUGAUACGUGGAAUUGCUAAAGAAUUCGCCACUAAAGCUGGAUGUCAUGAUAUAAACAGCUCUGAAAGAAUACUCAGUUGUUUGAUGACCUUGGAUGCAAAAUUAUUUCCAGUAAUUGAAGAAACCAUGUAUGUUUGGGAUUCAUGCCCUUCGGCAGUUUUCAAACCCAGUAUUGAAGAUGAAAAUUCUGAUGAACCAUUCAUCACCAAACCACCGAGUACUGUUGAUUAUCACACCCCUAAUAUGCCUUGGUUGAUCGGCUUAACUACCGGAGAGGCUUCCUACAAGGUUGCUCAUUACUUGGAUAAUGGUGGAGAAUUGGCGGCUGAAAUCGAUCAGUAUUACAAGUUACUGUUUCCUAUCACUCUAUCGUAUUUAUGGGACACGAAAUUGAUAGAUUUAAACUUCAUUUCUCAAACACUUCGAACACAUUAUUUUGGUGAUCGUGAAAUAGGCGCUGAAACAUCUCACGAGUUGACUCAAUUUUUUACUCAUGGCAUGUUCGGAGUAUCGGUUAUAAAAGCAAUACGAAGUUAUCCAGGCCCAAAAUACGUGUAUUGGUAUGAUUACAAAUCGAAUUACUCGAGACAGAAUAUUAUUGGGUAUUUCAAAGAGGAUCUUGGAGUAGCUCACGGAGAUGAGGUGUAUCUGAUUUUCUAUACCGAGGAAUCUAAUGAUGCACUAUCUAAAGCAGAUCACAAGUUUAGCGAAGAAUUAGUUAAAAGAUGGGUGAAUUUCAUUCAAACUGGGAAUCCGAACUUUCCUAUUAAAAUUAAUGAAGACAUAACUGGAUUUUGGAAACCUAUGACGACAAAUAGGAUUGAAUAUCUUCGAAUAAAGUUGAAUGGUACAAUGGAAACUGAUUUAUACAAAGGAAUUUACGAGUUUUGGACAAGCCUGCCAUUUGGAAGCAAAUAUGAAGACUGGUUUUGAAAAGUUUUUUGUUCUCAAUUUCAGGGGUAAAUGGGCUAGAAAAUUAUACAUAUAUUUUUAAAAAAUUUUGAUUUGUUCUUUUUGAAUGAGCUUACCUACGUUUAGGUGCAUGGCCCCUGAAUUCAAUUCGGGAGCAACAAUUUCAAGUUAGCAUAGUU